UUGUUUCCAUCACUUAGUCAUGAGGGCGAGGAUAGCUCUCAACCUCAAAUUCUAAACCAUAACAUUCUCUCACAAAAAAAAAACACACAUCGAGUUCUUCUUGGUUCUUAAUUUUCGCGAUAAAAUGGUGACCGGCGACGUAAAGCUGAUUGGCUCAUGGGCGAGUGUGUUCGUCAUGAGGGCGAGGAUAGCUCUCAACCUCAAAUCUAUUAGCUACGAGUUUCUCCAGGAGACAUACGGCACUAAGAGCGAAUUGCUCCUUAAAUCAAACCCGGUUCACAAGAAGAUGCCGGUUCUGAUUCACGCUGACAAACCGGUGUGUGAGUCCAACAUCAUCGUUCAGUACAUCGACGAGGCUUGGAGCUCAUAUGGACCCUCCAUCCUCCCUUCUCAGCCCUAUGACAGAGCCAUCGCUCGGUUCUGGGCCGCCUACGUCGAUGAUAAGUGGUUUAUUGCUCUGAGAAGUAUCCUAACCGCUCGAGGAGAAGAGGAGAAGAAAGCAGCCAUAGCUGAAGUCGAAGAAAGGACUGACCAUUUGGAGAAAGCGUUCAUCGAUUGCAGCAAUGGGAAGCCAUUCUUCAACGGUGACCAUAUCGGUUACCUAGACAUUGCCCUAGGGAGCUUCUUGGGUUGGUGGAGAGUCGUGGAGUUAGACGCCAACCAUAUACUUCUUGACGAGACCAAGACUCCUUCUCUGUUCAAAUGGGCAGAGCGGUUCUGUAAUGACCCUGCUGUGAAGCCUCUCAUGCCGGAGACUACAAAGCUAGCUGAAUUCGCGAGGAAACUCUUUCCCAAACCGCAAGCUUGAUGGCAAAGUCAACUCCUCUUAAAUAUAUUGUUGGAGAUGAAAGCAAUGUAAUGUAUCGGUUAUUGGAAGUAUGAAACUGGUUUGCUAGAACAUGUAAUUUAUCUUCCAUUUCAAUGUAUCCAGGACGACCUAAUAUCAAGAAAAUAUUAUGUA